AUGCUCUCGCGAGCUGUUCGGCCAGCUUUCAAUGCUGCAGCCGUGGUGUCCGCCCGGCCCAUUGCCGCAGAUGCCGCCGGCUAUGCCACCCUCCGCGAAAUCGAAGGCCGUCUCAAAUCCAUCCGCAACAUUGAGAAAAUCACAAAAACCAUGAAAAUCGUCGCCUCCACCAAACUCAACCGAGCUCAACGCGCAAUGGUGGACUCUCGAAGCUACGGAGAGACUUCCAACACCGUGUUCGAAAAGGCAGAGACCAAGCCUAUCGAGUCCGAAGAUAAGAAAACCCUCAUCAUAGUGUGCUCCUCGGACAAGGGUCUUUGCGGCGGUAUCCACUCUGGACUGUCAAGAGCCACGAGGAGGAUGUUGGAGAAGAAGCCGAAUUCGGAUCUUGUGGUAUUGGGCGAGAAGUCGAAGGCGCAGCUGGGUAGAUCGAGUGGAAAGAAUAUCCAGCUGAGCUUUGCGGGCGUUGGAAAGGACGUGCCGACUUUUGCGGAUGCACAAGCCAUUGCGGACCAGAUCUCGCUGCUGCCGACGGAUUAUGCCGAUGUGCAAAUCUUGUACAACAAGUUCAUCAACGCAACCAGUUACGAGGCUACGCCAAUUGAGGCGUUUUCUGAGGAGGCCAUCCGCGAGUCACCAAACUUCGCCGCUUUCGAGAUUGAUGACGAAGUGCUCGCCAAUCUCCGCGAAUACGCCCUUGCCAACUCCCUCUACUGGGCUCUCGCAGAAGGCCACGCUUGCGAACAGUCCGCCCGACGCAAUGCUAUGGACAACGCCUCCAAGAAUGCAGGAGACAUGAUCAACAGGUUCCAAAUCCUUUACAACCGUACCCGCCAAGCUGUUAUCACUGGAGAAUUGGUCGAGAUUAUCACUGGUGCCUCCGCUUCGGAAGGCUAA